AUGGCAAAAUCAGUCGUCAACGAGAAACAAAAUGCGGAUUUCUCCGCUGAAGACGUCUCAUCCGCAACAGAGGUGUCUCAGGAUGCCAAGCCAUCCGCUCAAGACGAUGAGGAGGUCUACACCAUCUUCAGCAAGAAGGCCAAAAUAUUGAUCGUCAUGACCGCGUCCUUUGCCGGCUUGUUCUCGCCAUUGUCCGCCAACAUCUAUCUCCCCGCGCUCGACACCCUGGCCGAUGAGCUCCACGUGAGCGACACCUUGAUAAACCUGACUGUGACAACAUACAUGAUCUUCCAAGGCCUAGCACCAGCCAUUUUUGGAGGACUCGCAGACAGUGCGGGUCGACGCCCCGCAUACAUCAUCUGCUUCACGAUCUAUAUCGCGGCCAACAUCGGACUCGCUCUCCAACGGAACUACGCCGCCCUGCUCGUCUUACGCUGCCUCCAAAGCACCGGUAGUAGCAGCACUAUUGCUCUGGCCAAUGCCAUCGUCGCAGACGUGGUCACCUCCGCCGAACGCGGCCUCUACAUCGGAUACUCUUCCGCGGGCAGCGUCCUCGGACCCUCCAUCGGCCCCAUCAUCGGGGGAAUCCUAACGCAAUACCUAGGAUGGCCGUCCACAUUUUGGUUCCUGACCAUUUGUGCGGGUGUAUUUCUCAUUCCCCUCGUUAUUUUCCUCCCUGAAACUGCCCGCAAGAUCGUAGGGAACGGCUCCCGCCCCCCACCACUAUGGAACCUGUCCGUCCUCCAACUCAUCGCCCGGCGUAAAUCUGUUGAACCGACUGCACCACCAGUCAAAACCCGCAUGCACUUCCCCAACCCCCUUACUACCCUCGCCAUCAUUGCCGAAAAAGAAGUUUUCAUGAUCCUGCUCGGAAACAGCCUCGCUUUCGCAGGCUACUACGCCGCGUCCACGAGCGUAACCUCCCAAUUCGGCAGCAUUUACGGCUUCAACGACGUGCAAAUCGGGCUGUGCUUUAUCCCGGUAGGAAUCGGGUGCUUAGUAGCAGCCUACACGCAAGGCUUAAUAGCAGACUGGAACUACCGGCGCCACGCGCGACGGCUCGGAAUCACGGUCUCCAAAACCCACCGCCAGAGUCUGGACAAUUUCCCCAUAGAGCGCGUUCGCACGGAAAUUGUGUUUCCCAUGGUCGUCAUCGAAGUCGUGAGCAUGAUCGCCUACGGCUGGGUCCUCCACUACGAGACUAACCUCGCUGGGCCGUUAAUCCUGCUCUUCUUCAUCGGGUACACCUCCAGCGCGGUCCUGAAUAUCAUGAGCGUUUUGAUGGUGGAUAUUUACCCCGAGAGUCCGGCCACGGCCACGGCAGCGAAUAAUAUUACGCGGUGUUGGCUGGGGGCCUGUGCGACGGCGGUGAUUCUUCCCAUGAUCGAGGGAAUUGGGAGGGGGUGGGCGUUCACGGUCGUUGGGCUUUUUGUGCUCUUGUGUAUGCCGGCGUUCAUGGUGGUGUGGAAAUGGGGCCAUGAGUGGCGGAAUCAGAGACAUCGGAGGGAGGAGACGGUCUCGGAGAAUGCUCACUAA